GCAUUAUUGAGUUUAGCAUGUGCCCAAAGGGCCGAAUAGCCUAAGCAAUGUUUCACUACUGCUGUGCCUUCAGGUGAAACCUGCUUCCGUGGGUUUAGAGUGUAAAGUGAAUGAUUGCUGGUGACAAGGUGCAAAGGAGAAGCCUGGCCCUUUGUUAUUACACUAAACAAAGUUCCAGGGUGGGGGAGAGGAGAAGCCGGUUGCAGGCAUGUGUGAUUGGAGCUUCCCCGAUAAGGUGCACUUCCUCAUGAAAAAUAAUCAGAGGGAAAACUUUAGGUCCAGAAAGUACAAAUCCAGGCCGAGGUUUUGUUUCAACCACCCAGCUGAGUAGUCCGUGACUGUGACUCUUUAUGCUGAACUGGUUGGUUGAAACAAAACCUUGGUCUGGAUUUGUGCUUUCUGAACCUGAACUUUAGACAGAAACAUAAUAUUCCUGAUGGUUGAUUGAGGAGAUGUGUGAAAGGUUGACCAGUCUCUUGAAGAUCCUAAAACAAGAUUCAUGGGAUGCUUGUAAGAUUCUGUCCUCUCUUCAGAGGCCCUUAUAGACCAUUUGUUUUCUGUGCAGUUGACAGGAGGGAGAUGUACUGACAUUGAUUCUGCCAGUGCAAGGCCCAUUCUGUCUUCUGAGGUACAUGAUGAAUGGACACACCCCCGCCACCAACUCCGCAGGGUCUGGAGGUGACACCUCCCAGCUAAAUGGUCAGAGUUCCGGGGUCGCUGACCAGCUGGACCAGACCCCUUCACCCACAUACAAUGCUAAAGCUUUAUAUGAGCAAAGGAAGAAAUACACGAAAAACAGUAUUAAUAGCCUUAUGGAAACGUCUCAGUACCGUGUGGAACACUUGACCACCUUCUCAAUGGACCUCAAGGAGGCCAUGUUGACCGUCGACGACGGCCUGCGGAGGCUUAAGCUGCUAGAUGCUAAGGGCAAGGUGUGGACUCAGGACAUGCUGCUGCAAGUGGAUGACAGGAGCGUCUGUCUCAUCGACGCUGACACCAAGAACGAGGUGGAGAACUUCCCCCUGAGCUGUAUCAUGCGGUGCCAGGCGGUGAUGGAAGCCUGCAACUACGACUCCAUCUUGGCCCUGAUAUGCAAGGAGCCAGGCCAGGCCAAACCCGACCUGUACCUCUUCCAGUGCAACGACAUCAAGGCAAACCUCAUCUAUGCAGACAUUGACAGUGCCAUUUGUGACCUCAAAACAAAGACCAAGAAGAGACCAGAAACCCUCAGGAUGAUACUGAAUAGUGACGGGAUCAUACCCCCGCCCCCAUCAGAGCCGGCCCCUGCAGCUCCGCCUACCGUGGACAUCAUGAGCAGAGUGGCAGCGUGGUUUCCCCCAGCAGCCAAUGACCUGGUGGACUACGAGAGACACCGACAUUUCAUGGAGCCAGAUGAGUCCCCGGAAGCGAUGGCAGCCAGAAUCGACCGUGACGUGCAAAUUCUGAACCACCUCUUGGAUGACAUCGAAUAUUUUGUCACCAAGCUCCAGAGGGCAGCAGAGGCAUUUGGCGAGCUGUCAAAAAGGAAGAAAGCAAAGAAGAGUAAAAAGAGAGGACCAGGAGAGGGAGUUUUGACACUACGUGCCAAGCCACCGUCUCAAGAGGAGUUCAUUGACUGCUUCCAAAAGUUUAAAAAUGCGUUCAACUUGCUGGCGAAACUAAGGUUAUAUAUCACCAAUCCCAGUGCAUUGGAUCUAGUUCACUUCCUGUUUACUCCACUAAACAUGGUGGUUCAGGCCACAGGGGAUUUGGAGCUGGCAAAGAGUGUCCUCAGCCCCCUCCUCACCAUGGAGGCCAUAGACUUUCUGCACACCUCUGGUACGGCCCCGGAGAGGCGUCUUUGGGUAUCUCUUGGAGAUGGGUGGACCAAAAGCAGGCUGGAGUGGCCCAAAGACCAUUACUUCCCGCCCUACGUUCCCCGAUUCCGUGACGGCUGGGAGCCGCCGUCUCUGCCGGUGGUGAUGCUGGGCCGAGCCCAGGAGCAGGAGAUGAUGGAACCCCUGCCGGAUUUUGAGAUUCAGCAGCUGGUGGACGUUGACCGAAGGCUGAGCCUGGAGCAUCCUGGUGUCCCACAUUUUCCCUGUGCUGAUGGAAACUAUGAAAGUCAGGUUAGGACCCAGCCAAGGAAUUACGCCAAGCUCAUGUAUGACUUUGUGGCCAGAAACAACACGGAGCUGACAGUGGUGAAGGAUGAAAUUGUGGAGGUGCUAAAUGACCAGAAGCAGUGGUGGAAGAUACGGAACAGUGUCGGGAUGUGUGGCUAUGUACCGAACAACAUUCUGGAGGUUACCAGAGUGCUGGAAGUGAGUGGUGGGCGGAGCCAAGACUUCGGCAGCCACAGCAUUCAGGUGAGCAUGCUCAGAUCCCCACCUGACCUCGGCAGCCACAGCAUUCAGAUGCAGAGGACAAGCACCGUCCAUCGGCCCACAGUAAACUCCUUCUCUCCCGCCCCGAUGAUAUCACCCAUGGCACCUGGCCCAGUUCCAGCCCCACCUCCAGGCCCUGCCCCUGCUCCUGAUAACAGCCUCCUUCCCAGUUGGAUCCCCACCCCGCCCCUGCCCCCCCCAGCCGCGCCCCCCUUGUUGGACCAGAGGGACUCGCCUAUCAGCAGCGGCUCUAGUGACAGUGGCAGCGUCAUCCUCGGAGAACAGAAGAAGGAGCAACUGCCACCCACUCAGCGCAGGAAGUCCAACAUGGAGGAGGUUCAAGAUGAGUUGCUGCACAGGCUCACCCUGGGCAGAGGCACUCAAAAGAAAGUCUCAGUCCCUCAGCGCAGCAACAGCCUGCCGGCGGUGGGCCUCGGCUACGGCUCCACCCCCGAUGAAGUAAAGGCCUGGCUGCAGGUCAAGGGCUUCAGCUCUGUUACCGUCAACAGUCUGGGCGUGCUGACUGGUGCCCAGCUCUUCUCCCUCAACAAAGAAGAACUGAAGACCGUGUGUCCAGAAGAUGGGGCGCGGGUCUACAGUCAGGUCACCGUGCAGAAGACCGCCCUGGAGAGUAACAGCAGCUCUGAGCUGCAGGAGAUGAUGCGGAGGAGGCAGGAGAAGAUCAACAUGGCCGCCUGCGACUCGGGGGUGGAGUCUUUCGAUGAGGGCAGCGGACACUGAGGCGGCCCCCCCCCCCCGACGUCGCUAACCCCUCCCGCCUGCCUGCAUGUCUUCCCAGGAGGACCCAGACCAAUCCCGUGAGUUUGCUGACAUCAUCAGGCGCCGCCACAAGAGCCUGGAGGGAUGACGGUGUCAUUGAAAGCCAGCCGACCAAUGGAAUGCCGCCCUGCAUUUGAAAUGGCCCUCUAUGAUGUUUCCGCGAUCAGUCAUGACGUCAGAAGCCAGUAGACUUUCAAGGCACGUCAAUGAAGUCGCUGGUGUCGCUAUGUAAGGGUUCCGUUUGGCGUCCCAUAUUUAUACAGACCAGAUGGUAGGCUGAAUUUUAUCUGACUCCCAACAGAAGCUAAGCAAGGCGUGAUGGAAUUCUCCGGCGAGCACAAGAAUCAGCAGUUGGACAUAUUACCAAAACAUAAGUUUGCAAAAACCUGUUAUGUCAUCCUGACAUAAAAAAAAACAUCUGUUCUUUAUACGUGUAAAACCAAAUGCAGCAUCGCAAAAGCCAUAUUGCUUUGAUUCUAAAGCCAAAUUAUUAAUCACGCAAAGCCAAAAGACCGGGAAGUGCAAACCCAUUGUAGUCUGGUUGAUCUGGGUCCUCCAUGAUACUUGGUGGUACCCCAUUUCGUAGAUGUACUUGCAGAUGGCAUCAGCAUUUCUCAGCAGAUGCUUGCCAGGACAUAUUCAGAGUUUCUUGGUCGCUAACCAGGAUUUACCUGUAUAUGCCCUGUAUUGUAUUAGAAAGAUUCCAAAUCAGUGAAACAAUAUAUUGAAAAUAUGGCUGUAUAUGACCAAACUGUUGGGAUCGCUUAUCAGUCCCAAGCAGACUGCCUAGAAUGGCAGCUGAAUUCUGAGAUGUCUUCCACAGAUCACUCUGUCCUCAGCUGGUGCUUACUCAACUCCUGGCCAGACACACAUCAUCAAGGUAAUAACUGCUUGUCUGUACCCCUGUAAGCAUGUGACCAGGCAGCCUGCAGUGAUUGGUCCAUGAGAAACCGCUUAAUACAUAGCACUUGUGCAGAUGAUGUGUGGUGAUCUCUGAAAGCCUGUUUCUGCCCUAUUUGUUUCUAAAGAGACCAGACAGAAACACAGUAAUGGCUGAAUAUAUUAUGCGACGUGUAUAUAUAGUUACUCUAGACAUGAGUAACUGAAAGCUCCUGUACUGUACAGGGAAGUAAACACAGGAUAAAUAUUUAUAAACAUCUGGCUGUUUGUGCAUGUGUGAAUGCAGGUGUGAGGAAUUAUGGUACAGGCGUUUCCACUAGGAAUAUAUGUAUUUCUACAUAUAGCAAAUCUGAGCAAAAUAGUCAUACUUUUGUGACAGAUUGCUGGUAUUUCUCUGUGUAGAAAAACUUGCUGAGAAAUGUAUAACACCACUGUGGUACCAGAGCAAAUGGCUGUAAUUAAACGUGCAUUUUCCACCUGAA